UGAAAGUGAGACCGUCGAUGGGAAGUCAGUCCCUGGUUGUCUCUUUAAAAUCAGCCAGUCAAUAAUCCUACAUCCGACACUCCACUUUCCAGGCCUGAGCAAAACCCCAUGACUCCAGCUCACUGUUCUUAAGCCACAACCGCCCUCGCCACCGUCACUGUCACCACCGCAACGCACGACAUUUACACUGUUGGCCUGGUCAAUCUCAUCAUCAAUUUCUGUGAUCGCACAUGGGCGAGCAAACCCAACACCAUCCACAACCCCUUCCUCAACUCCAACCCCAACCCCAACCCCGGCCGCAGCCCCAAUCCCAAUCCCAAUCCCAAAUCCAAGCCCAGGUACAAACGCAGCCGCAGCCCCACCAUGACGCUAUCACUUCCUCUACCGCCACCACUGAAUUAAUCAGUAUUCCUCGGCAAACCAUCUCUCCUCCAGCCAAAAUUCCCCCUUCGCGGCCUCGCAAAGUCCGUAAACUCUCUCCCGAGGAUGCUGCAACCACCGGUAACGACACCAAUUCUUCGCAAAUAACCGCCACCACCAGCGAUCCCCCCCAAACCACAGCGAAAUCCGCCAAAAUCAAAGCCACCCAACAGCGAGCCCUUGCCGUCGUACCCCAGCGCAUCAUUGCGAGAUCGUUGUCCUGCGAAGGCGAGGUGGAGAACGCGAUUCGCCAUCUUCGCAACAUCGAUCCACUUCUCGCCUCUUUAAUCGACCUUCACCCUCCCCCUACCUUCGAUUCUUUCCACACUCCUUUUCUUGCCUUGACUCGAAGCAUUAUCUACCAGCAGCUCGCAUUUAAAGCUGGUACUUCAAUCUACACUCGCUUUAUUGCUCUGUGUGGGGGAGAGGCCGAUGUCCUCCCGGAGACAGUACUUGCUUUGACACCCCAACAACUGCGACAAAUUGGGGUUUCGGGGCGUAAAGCUAGUUAUCUUCAUGAUCUUGCUAGAAAGUAUCACAAUGGGAUAUUGUCCGAUUCCGCAAUUGUAAAUAUGGAUGAUAAGUCCCUUUUCACUAUGCUUACUAUGGUUAAUGGGAUUGGUUCUUGGUCAGUGCAUAUGUUUAUGAUUUUUUCGCUGCAUAGACCUGAUGUGUUGCCCAUUAACGAUCUUGGGGUGCGCAAAGGGGUGCAGUUGCUGUACAAUUUGGAAGAAUUGCCCCGUCCGUCGCAGAUGGAUCAAUUGUGCGAGAAAUGGAGGCCGUACAGGUCAGUGGCGUCUUGGUAUCUUUGGAGAUUUGUGGAGGCAAAGGGGUCUCCUUCAAGUGCUGUGGCAGUGGCAACUGGUGCUAGUAUGACACAGCAACAACAGGAGGAACAGCAGCACCAGCAGCACCAGCAGCAACCACAGCUUCUUGACCCAAUUAAUAGCAUUCUCAACCUCGGGGCCUGUGCUUGGGGACAAUGAUUGGGACUUGGGAUGAAUUAGUUGAUAGCCUUUAUCAAGCAAUCUGUCUGAGAAGUGUUUACAGAGCGGUGCAAAUAAGUUACUGGUUACUCAUAGUAGGUUGGACGUGCGAAUAGUUUAGAGAGAGGUGUAUUUUGUCUAGCAAACAUGCUUCUAAAUUAAAUAAGACUACAUAUGUUGAAGUUCUUUUGUCUUUGUUAAGAGAAUGUUUGUUAUCAAACUCUUGCAAGACAUUAUAGAGUUCAAAGAGCUUCGCUGUUUUUGCCUUUA